AUGAUUGACAUGAAGUCAACAUACGAGUUUGAUACCAAUACAGAAGAUAUGACUGUUGAUAAGAACUGCUCAGUUGCCACACGAUAUAACUGUAGUACGUGGGAAAAGGAAUUACAUGUAUAUAGCUGUAAUUUCUGCCAGCAGAGCUUUCCUUCAAAAUACAGAUUGAUAAAGCAUGUGUUUAUUCACAUUGAUGGUAUGCAACCACCUUUAUAUGUUUGUAAGUGGUGUGGUGAGGUAUUUCACAGUAAUGUUAGUUUGAAAAAACAUUUGAGAAUGAGUGAGAAUUACCAUUCCUCAGCUGCUGGCAACCAUGAAAAAUAUGGCUAUAGCGAUGAGCAUCAAAGCACUAGCUUCUCGGAUAGUGAGCCAGAAGUUUCUGUCGCAGAACUCAACGAGCUGAAUUCAUACAAGGAAACAUGGAAAGCUGCAAACAUGUCUGCUAAUGACAUAUGUAACACACUUAUGACAAAUGAUACAGAGGAAACAAAUCAUUAUGGAACUUCAUCUACAACUGUUAAUGUCAGUUUCCAGGGUAAUCUACUUACUGCAAACAGAAACCACAAAUGUCAUAUUUGUGGCAAAUCUUUUGCUGGUGCAGGCAAUCUCAAGAAACACGGAUUAAUUCACACUGGAAAGAAACCUCACAAAUGUGAGAGUUGUGGGAAAUCUUUUGCUUUCCCAAGCGAUCUCAAGCAACACGUAUUAUUUCACACUGGAAAGAAACCUCACAGAUGCGAUAUUUGUGGAAAAUCUUUUGUUGUCUCAAGUGAUCUCAAGAAACACUUAUUAAUUCACACUGAAAAGAAACCUCACAAAUGUGAGAUUUGUGGGAAAUCUUUUGUUUUGUCAAGUGGACUCAAAACACAUAUACUACUUCACACUGGAAAGAAACCUCAUAAAUGUGAGAUUUGUGGACACACUUUUGCUGGUGCAAGCAAUCUCAAGAAACACGUAUUAAUUCACACUGGAGAAAAACCUUACAAAUGUGAGAUUUGUGACAAAUCGUUUACCCGGUCAGAUAAUCUCAAGACACACACAUUAAUUCACACUGGAAAGAAACCCCACAAAUGCUAUAUUUGUGGGAAAUAUUUUGCCCAGUCAGCUUAUCUCAAGCAACAUGCAUUUAUUCACACUGGAAAGAAACCUCAUAAAUGUGAAAUUUGUGGGAAAUCUUUUGUUUUGUCAAGCGGACUCAAAACACAUAUAUUACUUCACACUGGGAAGAAACCUCAUAAAUGUGAGAUUUGUGGACAAUCUUUUGCUGGUGCAGGCAGUCUCAAGAAACAUGUAUUAAUUCACACUGGAGAAAAGCCUCACAAAUGUGAGAUUUGUGAGAAAUCGUUUACACAGUCAGCUAAUCUCAAGGCACACACAUUAAUUCACACUGGAAAGAAACCCCACAAAUGCGAUAUUUGUGGAAAAUCUUUUGCCCAGUCAGCUUAUCUCAAGAAACACGCAUUUAUUCACACUGGAAAGAAACUGAACAAAUGUGAGAUUUAUGGGUAAUCUUUUGUUUUCUCAAGCGUUCUCAAGAAACGCACACUUAACACUGGAGAGAAACCUUGUACAUGUGAGAUUUGUGGGAAAUCUCAUGACCCGCAAAUUAAUUCACACUGGAAAGAUACCCAACAAAUGUGAAAUUUGAGACAAAUCGUUUGCCCAGUUUGGUUAUCUCAAGAAACAUACAUUCAUUCACAGUGGAAAGAAACAUCACAAAUUUUAUAUUUGUGGGUGAUCUUUUGUUAGGGUAGGCUAUUUCAAUACAUAUUCAUACACACUGGGAAAAGACCUCACAAAAGUGAAGAAGUGAUCAUUCUUAGAUCAGCUGAUCUCAACGGAGAUACAUUAGAACACAUUAGAAGGGGACCUCACAAAUGUGAUAUCUGUGACAAAAGUUUCACUCAGUUGGACACUCUCAAGACACAUGCAUUACUUCACAUCAGAAAGAAACUACAAGCAAGUGGUAGUUUAUGUAAAUAGGUUUUCCAGGUUGGUGCCCUCAAGGCCUGUAAAAUAAUGGAUGAAGCAAUAGGACAAUAAAUUAUAAUGCCUGUGAAGUAACAUAAAAUGUGGUAUAAUUGUGAAACAGUGUGCAAUAAUCUGUACUAUAGAUUGGUAACAGAUAAUGUGAUGAUAUAAAAAUCCAUAUCUGCAGCUUGAAACAUCAAGAAAUUGUAUUAGUAAAUACUCCAGAAAUAGGAAUCAAAUGUAUAUUUGUCAUUAACACUUCUGUUCUUUUCCUAUCAGUCUCGAGACAGGAAGAUUGUGUAUUGUGAUAAAUCCAAAUGUUUGUCAGUAAUCAUAAGUACCAUGCAAUAUUCAGUAAAAGGCCAAGGAUGUGUGAUGACUUGCAUAGUCAUCAUGUAGUACUUGUGACUCUGUAUUUUAGAAACAGUGACAGUAAAAAUAUAUUAAUGGCACUUCCUUCAUUCACGCUAGUACACUCAACACUGGAGAAACAUGGUUAUAACAAUUAUUUUACUCAGAUACGUUUUCUCAAGAGAUGUCAUUAAUAGUGUGUACAUUUAUGUUCUGUUAGUACUAUUCCUGUAUCAGUAAACGUAACAACAAAUGUAGCAACGUGCUUAAUAGCAUGUUUGUCCAUCUCUGGAACACAAUACUUUGACAGUUCUACAUGACAUGGUGUGGUCAAGAUGUGUUAGGUACCAUGCUACUCAGACCACUGUGGAGUCGUUCUGCACAUGUGACAUGGACAGUUAUUCUCCUGGAAUGCCUUCACCAUGGGAGAUCACAUCCAUGCAUGAAGGAAUCUAUGCAGUAGCUAUGAAGGUCAGUCAGCAACUGUCAUGAUCCCUUCAAUUAUUACCAGACGUCCCUAAGGAGCCUGAGUGACUGUCCCCAUAGCAUAAUGGACACUCCACCUGGUGCCAUUCACCUAGAUAUAGCAUAUCUGGAUGUGGCAACUGACCUGGUGUAACAGGAAAUGUCAUCCAUCCUGACAGUUGACAUUUGCAUUGACCUUCAUUAUAGCCUCAAUUAUCCGUUGCCCACUGCAGUUGCAAUUGAACAUUUUGGUGGAUUGGUAUGGAAACAUACAGUUACCAUAUGUUGUGGAGCCCUAUGUUCAGCGAUGUACAUUGAAUUGUGGGUUCAAACACGUGCAUGGCUGCUCAAGCAUUCUUUUCUGUAAUUAGAUAUGCCACAUAUUGCCACAUGUCAAGCUUCACAGAGCAGGGAAGCCUCGGACCUCCAUGAUUUGUGAUGGAUAGGUGUAUUACAUGUUUUCAUAAGGUUAUCAAUUUAUCACCUUUCAGCCACUUUCCACAGACGUUCACAAUAGUAGCAUAGAUCCAGCCUACCAGCUUCACCACUUCUGAGGUUCUAGUUCCCAACUGCAAUGCCACUGUAACCUGCCCUUUGCUAAAGUCACUUAUGUCAUUGGGUUUACAUGUUCGUGACCCAUGUAAUUGGUAGAACAACUCCUUGUUAAUUUCUGGUCUGCUUAUAUACUUGUAAUCUGUUUAGAUACUUGUAAUCUGCUUAUAUACUUGUAAUCUGCUUAUUGCAUCAUGUAUGUACAACACAUGGCAUUCAUCCUCCUCACAGGGAGUAUUCAUGACAUUUUUGCUCAUCAGUGCAUCUUCACAUAAAUGGGUCAGAUGCUAAAAUGUGUAAUCUAAUAAAUUCAUUGUUCUUGGCUGCCAUUUACACCAGUGCACAAUAGCUAUAUUUUUUGCAAAUUGUUUUUUGUUUCACACAGCUCUUUACAUGAUUGAGAGAUGAUACAGAUAAG